AUGGUUUAUCACUCACAAUUCAACGACGAAAGUGCUGGUUUCAGAUUAGUUGGUAAUGUUCCAAUUUUACCACUCAAAACUACACACAAAGGUCCAGCACCAAAAGGAGAUGCCAACUCAGUUGAUAUUAUCGAUGAAGCACUCGAUCUAUUCAAAGCUAACAUUUUAUUCAGAAAUUUUGAAGUUCAAGGUAAUGGUGAUCGUGUUUUAAUUUAUCUUACUCUUUACAUUACCAAAUGUCUUUUAAAGAUUGCACCAAUGAACAAAGCUGAUGCUGAAAAAGCAUUAUUUUUAAUUGCUCAAGAACAAUUCUCAAUUCCAGGUGAAUCUGCUUUCCCAUUAGGUGGUUUAGUAACUGUACCAAAUACUCGUGAUGCUGCUGAUACAUUACGUCAAUACUUCACCCAAUUAAGAUUGGAGCUCGGUGUUCGUCUCUGCCAACGUGUAUAUGCUGUUGACCCAUCAAAAGCCAACAAAUGGUGGAUUUGCUUCUCAAAGAGAAAAUUCUUAAACAAAGCCUUAUAA